CGCGCCAGAAUUCCACGACACGGACACGGCAAACGCCAACAAAAAUGUUUUGUGGAAUCGUUUUAUAAAUACGUUGUUUUCUUCAUUAUUUCCUGUUAAAUCAAGCACAGAACAGGCUUCAGAAUGGCCUCAGAGGUAAAUUUAGAAACAAUUCUCGAUCAAUUAGAGGACAUCAACUUUGACUCUUAUUCCUCAAGGAGUAAAGGCUAUCAGUAUAUUAAAGAUGUCUUUGACGGUAAAGGGAGCAUAAAGGUCAAUGGUAUGGACAGACUCAUGGUGAUUAUUGAAAAGGACCUUAAAAAGAAGGGGACUAGAAUAGUCAGUGCGUUGUCGGCAUUGACAUCUAUUGUGGAGAAAGUUAAGAAGGGAGAAUGUAUGCCACAGCCAGAUUUGUUGCCAUCAGCUGUAGCAAUACUAAAUGUACUUGAGGACAUGGCUGACAUAAACAUUGUAGAAGCAGUAAAACAAUUAUUGUUCAAUACUUUGUCCUGUUAUCCAGACAGUGUGUUGCUUCAAGCAUAUAUGUCAUGCUGUGGCUUGGUGAAAGGUGUUGUCCUUAAUUAUGCUUUUAUGAUACCUAAUGGACAGCACAAGGAAACGGCAGUGCUAUUGUUCAUCAGAUUGCUAAAAAUAUUGCUACCAGAAGAAAAAAAAAAAUUUGUUGGAGAUCACAUAGAUCUUUGGUUUUUUAAAAUGAUUCCGAUGACUGUUGAAUUAGCGAUAAGGGAAGGACCUCAUGUGAAUGCUUACAUUGAGGCUGCUGAAAUGCUGACCGAGGUGCUGGUAGAUUUUGAAUAUGAGAACAAUGCAGCUUGGCAUUCAUUGUUUGUCUGUAUUUACACUCCAAAUAAAUAUCCAGCAGUACUAAAAAAAAUGAUAGAAAAAUCACAAGAAGGCUGGUGCAGAUUAUGGAUUAUGUUUGUGAGACUGCUAAAAGACAACAUCACAAGACAAAAGCAUGAAGGUGGCAGUCCAAUCAAUGCUCUACUACCAGUGUUGGAAUGUGCAUUUAAAAUGAGAACCGAAGAUAGAUGUAGAGCAUUUAAAUGCUGGAAUGUGUUAAUAAGCAGUUUCUCAAAAGAACAAAAUGACUAUCAAGUGAAGAAGAGAGUAAGACUUCUUAUGAUUCCUUUGAAAUCCAACAAUGCAAAGUCGGAAUGCACAGCUGUAGCAAAACUUAAUACUUGGUGGCAUUUAAUAAAAAGUUUUGAGGACAGACUGGACAAAUUCAUUGAUCUGAUUGUAUUACCAUUCCUACACUUAUGCUAUGGCAAACAUGAUGCAAACAUUGUUGCAACAUCAUUAUUUUCAAUGAUUCGGUUUCCUGGUGCUGUUGUCAAGAAGCAAUGUGUACAAAUGUUUGUUGAAAUGACUGGACAUGUGAAUUGCGAGGGAUGUGCUAAAGUCCCUCGGCUUACAAAGAGAAUAAUAAGCUUAAAGCUGUUAAUUGAUUAUUGGAAUGACUGGGUGCAUUCCUUGUCUACUGCAAUCAAGAUGGCUGGUGAGGUCAAUGAUCAUGCUAUGAAACAAUGUGUAUCAUGUAUGUGGAAGAAUUUUCUUCUUAUUAUCUGUGAGCUGCCUCCUAACAAUAUUAGGAAAGAUUUGUUUAAUGAAUUACUGAAUAUUAUUGAACAGUUAUCAAAGGAGGAUUCUACCAAUAAUGGAUUUGCUGACAUAACAAUAAGUGUCCUAAUACAAUCAUUAUUUGAAGAAGAUAACAUUAAGGAACUUCUUCAAACUAAAGAUACUACCACAUGUCCACUACAUAAAAUAUUCUCAAUAAUACUGCAUCCAUGUUUGAAUGAUUAUUACACAAGGAAAACUUUCAAAGAAAUAGUUGGUCUAUUCAAACCAAUAACAAACUUCAUAGUGAUCGAAUCUAAAUGCCCCUGUCCUCCUAGCAUAUUGGGCUGGAAUGUAAAAGAUAUGAUACCAAAUGAUAAUACUAUCAUGCUUUGGACAGCAUUGGUAGAUUCUAUAUGUGAAUUAGACAAUGGAAGCACUAGAAGAUUUAAUUUGAGCAAUUUAUUACUGUGGCCUAUGAGGAACAUGUCAUUGUUUAACAAUGCAAGGGCAGAGUUCGCGUGGUAUACAUGGCACACAUUAUACGAGUUAAUGCGUAUGAAAGUAAACGGACCUUGCAUUGACGGUGAGCUACUCAACAUAUUGUCUGUACAUCAUGACACUACGGAGGCGCCUAUAUACUUUCAGUUGAUUGCAGCCUUGGCUUUGUUGAAACAAAACUUGGUAAAUGCGAAUGAUUUAGGAUACGAAAAACCAGCAGAUGUAGUGAUUAAGAUAAUAGACAAUGAGUAUAAUUUACAGUAUGUUGAAAAGAUGAUACCAGUUAUUGUUGACGUACUUGAUCUUUGUGUGAGCAAAGUGACUGAGACUGAAGAUGUUGUUCUUGCGAAGUUCGGAGUAACGGCUUUGAAAGUUUUGUUAAGGUCAUUGAUGAAAUUGUUGAAGUUGCAUAAAUAUAACGCACAUAACAUGACUCUCUUCGAAAGUUUGCUUAGAAAAGUUGACACAAUAUUACAAGUGAAUGCUUACUUUUCUCUGAAGGACAUUAUAUUUGACCAACUACUAGAAUUACACAAAGUGCCUUCUGUCAAGGACACUGUAAGCACCCAUUUAAAAACAUUGUUGAACAUAUGUGAACAAAAUGAACCAGAAUAUAUGAAAAUCCUAACAACCGUUUAUCCUGAUGCAAAUGAUUUGGAAACAAACAAUGAUUUAAAACCAGUAAAACAAGAGGUUCCUGUUCCAAAUGUGUCUGAAAACGAUUACUUGAAACCAAUCAAAAAUGUCGAUCCUGUUUCAGACGUGUCUUAUAAAGAUGAUUUGAAACAAAUCCAGCAAGAGAGUAACACGUGUAAUUUUACUGCUCCCCCUGCUACUAAUGCUAAAAAGUUGAGAAGAAAAGAGCCUAAUAUAGUAAACACAGUAAUGGAGAAUGGUGAAGAGUAUGUUGUUGUAAAAUCAAAUUGGAAGUUCAAUCCCAAAAAACUGACAGAAAACCAGAAAGAAAAGUUAAAAAAGAAAAGAGAAGAUAUCCCAGCAUUAUACCAAGAUCUCUCUCAAUCACAAGAUGAAUUUAAAAUUACUGCAUGGAAAGUAGAUUCUCAGGAUUCGUCAACCACUGGCAGUAAAUCUGCUGACAAAUCGGCGAGUGAAGAUGUUUCUUCGAUUCUUAAAAACAUGCCUAGUUCUGAGGUAGUGCCUAAAAUUAUGGGUACUAUAUUGUUAGACACAGCAAAAGAGACAGUUGAGAAAAAAGAAGUUUGCAAUGAUGGCUCUCCAAAACAAGCACCAGCAGUCAAAGUACCUAAAACUCCUCGAUUAGCCUUAAAAGACAGAGUUUUUAGAAAUGUAAGAACUUUGAUGGAGAAAUCUGGGUUACGAAAUGAAAACGAAACAUAUAUCGAGCUAAACAAAACAAUCAGCGAGAUUAAUGAAGCUCCCGAUCCUAAAACCAAUGUUAGUGCUAGUUUAGUCAAUUCUGCUUCAUCAAAAAUACAUUCCGCAAGACCGUCACGGGUUAUCAAAAAACCUAAGAAGUUCGAAGAUUCAAAGGUAUUUGCCUUAAAAAAACGACGACGUUCUGAAGCUGACUCCCAAUCUAGUACACCAGAAUCGUCCAGAUUACAAGAAGGACAAUUAAACCAUAUAGAAAAUACCAAUGAUAAUGAAAUCUGGCCUAUACUCCCUACGACAUCAAACGAGAAAGAAAGGAUUUCAGUUGAAAAGCUAUUAGAAUCUGACACUACAGAAAAUGCACCUUUGAAUGCUAUUGAGACAAUAUCAAUUUCAGAAAAAAGUAAACAAAUCGAACAAACAAUUGACAAGAGUGACGAUAAAAUAGAUUUAGACAGUAGCAUACCAGAAAUUGACACAACCAUUCCGCAAGAGGAUCAAGUUAAAGAUCAAGAUGAAGUUAAAGUUGAUAAUAGACAGAAAAUUGUGACUCCUAAAUCUGCCACAAAAGCAAAAGUAGAUCAAUCUUCCGUUAAAAAGAAAAGGUCUCGUAUAGAAAAACAAUUAAUGAUUGACAUGGUCGAAGGCCAUCCUUUAUUACAGGCACGUGAAGAGCGUUUUACUAGAAAUAAAAUGUCUAGCCCUGCAAAAAUUAUUAAAAGAAAAAGUUUAGCUGAGAAAAUAAACAGAGUCGGCUUUAAAAGUGUCUUAAAAACUGAGAGGAAAACAAAGGAGAAAAUAAAAUCUCCUACUUCUACUACAGAACCUUUAACGACUUCUUUGAUAGUUGUUGAAUCGCAAGACAGGUUAUCUGGAUCUUUGGACGAUGUGCCAGCCUCAGAAGAUGUAAUUGAAAGUUCUCAAGAUUCCAGUAUGACUACAAUAUCUGUUAAGUCUGCUAAGAAUAAUGCGAAGAAAGUACCUGUUGUUAUGUUAAACAAAUUAAAAGAAAUGAAAAGUUUAUUAAAUAGUCCGGAAACGCAAAGAUUACUUAAUGAUCCUAAUAAUCAAAUUGUAUCUUUAAGUGAUAUGACACCACUUCAACCUAAAAGUAUAAUUGUUUCAUCUCCGAUUAAUAAUAUUCCUGCUGUAAAAAUGGAUCAGUCAAAGGUUAACAUUGAGUGCAGACAAACAUGUGCUACUCGGAAAAGACUUGACGAUUUCAGUAAUGAUAUAAUGCCGCUCAAUGAUUCCAUAACCUCACGACAUGAAACUGAAGAUAUUUCAUUACCUAAAAAUAAAACUAUGCUUGAAGAAAAUACUGAAUUAGAAUUAACAGAAGAUAUGGUUACCCAACCAUUCGACGACAAAGAGGGAUCUAGUAACGUCAUUAUCAGUAAUGAUGAUCUGCCUAUUGUGAUUGGAUACUCUGAAGAAUUGCCUCCUGUUGGUCCAGAAACCCAAGAUAUUGCCGAAGCUGAUACUGAACCGAUUAAUCUAGAUACCACACAGAAUAAUGAAAUUGACACAGAAAUGGAAGACGAAAUGUUAAAACGUGAUAAAGAAAAAGUAGCUGUGAUGACUGUAAGAGACGCACCCACAAUCUUUGAAGCAGCUGAGGCACCUUUGAAAAAUAUCGUUGAGCCCGACAAUGCGUGUUCACCGUUAAAAGACGCAACUCAAAAAAAGAAAGAUUUCUUAAAUGAUACAAUUGAAAUAUCGCCCAUUAAGACCUUAAGCCCCGUUAGAGAGGAAAAAUCACCUUCACCGGAAAAGAACGCCAAUUACGUAGUAAUAAAAUUAACUUCUCCAGUACAAAGUAAUGGUGAACCUUUUAAUGAGAAGUCCGAUUCUCCCGAGAUCUUUACGGAAGAAAAAGUUUCACUUGAUAAUCGAGAUCAGUCUCCGCCCAGAAUCGAAGUUCCUGUUACAAACACUAGCCCUAGCUCUUCAUUAUCUUUGAAAAAGAACAAAAUCCAAAUGCGGCCGAGUGGAAGAGCAGCACAAAUGUUGGGCUUAUGUGCUCCUGACAAACUGAAAACUAUUAUGAAUGCUGAUAAAUUCGUAGAAACCGAAGAAUCGAAGAAAAGUAGCAGUUCAAUGAGUACACCAGUAAGAAGAAAUUUGAGAAUAUUGUACAAUAGUGUUGGUGAUAGCGACUGCCACGUAGAUAACGACAAUCAAGUCAGUGAAGGCGAACAGGAAGAUAACGAUAAUUUUUUGAAGUUUAAAAGGAUGAUACCUUCCGCUAGUAGCAGUCCAGCUGGUCCCAUUCUUAAACGGAAGCUGGUUGACAUCGCCGACGAAACUACUGUUUCACCAGCAAGUAAGCGUAAAAGAGUCAGUUUUCACGAUCCUCCAGUGUCAACCACGGUUUCUAUUCAAAAAUACAUUGAGCCUUUGGGUACAAGAUCGCCACAAAGAUCAACGCUGAAACAACUGCGCGCACAUAAUCACUUAAAAUCGCCGAAAAGGCUUGAUAACGUUUUUAAAUUAGACACUGUUCUGACAAAAACUAUUGAAAGUUUCAGUGAAGAUACAAAUAUGAUUAGUGACGAUACGGAAAUGAGUUCGAUAGAGCAAACACCAGCGGUGGAAGUAAUUAAAACUAGCGAACUGAAUGACACAGACCCAAUUUGUCCUGACCUUUUUGAGUGCAAAGAUUCUAUCGUAGAAAUUGCUGCACAAUUAUCUUCACCCGCUAUGAAAGAUUUGCUUAUCAAAGAGUUGGAAGGCAAAGUUGAAACUAUUGCAGAUUUGGCGAAGAUGACAGAACUAGAAGUGAAUAGAUUAUGUAUUAAAGCGCCUAAAGUUGAAGUAGUAACGAAAGUACUUACAGAUUACUUUAUAAAGAAGGUUCUACCAGAUACAUUGACAAAGAAAACAGAGCAAUUAUCUGAAAAGAAUACUAUGGAGCAAGAAGAAUCAAGCAAAAGGGCAAUUGCUCUUGCAGUUGACGUUCAGGUGGUCCCAGAACAAAAUCAGACAGUGAACGUUGAAGUACAGACCAAUCAGUUAGUUACUUACGACAUGGCUUCGCAAACAGACGUGGUUUCAGUACCCGUAGUCAGAUUGACUCAUACACAAACUGACAUAACUCCAGUAUUAGAAACAAGCAUUCAGACUAUAGAAUCGGGAUUUAAAUCUACGAAAGAUGUCAUCGCUUCGUGUUUGGCAGAGAGGUCGGAUUUCGUGGAGGAACUAGCAAAGCAAUUGGAACAGUCGUCUGUCCGACAAAUCGCUGGGAACUUGCCGACGAAUGUUAUGAUGGACUUACUUACGAAAAAAAUUACUGAAUGUAACACAACUUUAUUGUCAUUUGUACAGAACCAAUUGUUCGAAAGGUUUGACUCAAAUGACUUGAUAUUAUUCUGUAGUCAGCUGUUACAGAAAUUACACGAUAAGUCCACUAUGUAG